AUGAAGGUGCUCAAGAAGUUUGGGGAAGAUGGCCAUCGCGUCGUCGUCGUCGUCGACCCCGAGGAUUGCGUUCUUGUUGGUGCCGACCACUUCGCAGCCUUCCUCGAGCCGUGUCAUGGCAACCCGCUCGCGCGCAUGGGCUCGUCCAAGAGCCAGAGCCACGAGUCGAUCACGAGCUCCGCGCUCCUACACACAUGGAUGGGCUGCCGCACGGACACGAUUCUCUUGCACGAGACAGGCGACCGGCUUCAACCGUGA